AUUUCCUCCCCCCAGAUCUCAAGUUUGGCUCAUUGCACCGUCAAGCAUUUCAAAGUGAAAAUGAUCCCGAGCAUCACCACGUUGACAAUUUUUGUAUUCUGGGCUGCAGGAGUCUCUCAGUGUGUGCUGAUCACUCAGUGGCCCCGCAACAUCGCCAGGCAUCCCGGCAUCUCGGCAGAAAUGCACUGCUACCAGAAUGACACCGACUAUCAGUAUCUGUACUGGUAUCAACAGCUGAGAGGGAAUCAAAUUCAGUUGUUGGUGUAUAUAGUAGCAGGCUAUCCAACCUUCGCUGAAGGAUUCAAAUCUGGUUACAAGGCUUUGAGAGUGGAGCAGAAGCAGUGGUCUCUGAAAAUAAACAGCACACAGGUGAAAGAUGAGGCUGUUUAUUUGUGCGCUGCCAGUCUACACAGUGCUGCAACAGACAUACUCGAAGCUUACUUUGGGGCUGGAACUAAACUCACUGUUUUAGAGUAUGGUGUCAAAGAACCAAAGGUGAAAGUGCUUGGCCCGUCGUCACACGAGUGUCACAACCUGAAGAACGAUGAGAGGAAGAAGACUUUACUGUGUUUGGCCAGUGACUUCUACCCAGACCACAUCAGCGUGUCCUGGGAGGUGGACGGGGUGACGGUCACCACAGGGGUCGCGACUGACAGCUUUGCCGCACGGGACGACAAGUACUACAAGAUCAGCAGCAGACUGAGAGUCGAUGCUGAAGACUGGUACAACUCUGAGCAGAAGAAAUACGGGUGUAUUGUCACAUUCUUCAAUGGGAAAAACUAUACCAUUCAUACCGGGAACAUCCUUGGUGAAAAAGCUCCAACAGACUUCCAUAUCAGAGAAAAAUACCUGAGGGCCACACAGACAGCCAAACUCUCCUACGCUGUGUUCAUCAUCAAGAGCAGCAUCUACGGAGCCUUUGUGGCGUUUCUGGUCUGGAAACUUAAGGGUUCAAGUGGAAAAUAGAACGGCUGAGAGACGAGCAGACGACAACGAACUACUGGUUUAUGUAAAUAUCUCUAACAGACGUAACAGAGCAUUUCCCAAUCUGCACACAGCAGACAAACUGUUCCUUGUACUUGCAUGUC